AUGGGCGGAUUCGGUGACAAAGUUGACGCCUUACUGGAGACGUACUCCAAGUGCUUGUCGCUUCUGGGGGGCCUGAAAGAAUCAGAGCGAAACAGCCAACCACGACAACUCCGAAGAUGCGUGCGUUCUGACCAAUCCGAGGUGCGGCGAGUCUACUCAUCGCGUCUCUCCCUCAAUGGAAGCCACCUGGAGAAAGGAGAUGCCGCGGCCCGCUCUUCACUCAAGAGGGUCAUCAAACGCCUGACUUCGGCCAUGACGCGCCUGCUGCGGGUUAUGACAAGAACCCAGAGCCCAGCCAUCGACUACCGGUCGUUGAGGUCGUUGUCCAACUCGUCGCGCUUGGAUGCCGUUAGAACCAUCAACGAUCUUUCACGACGGCUCAGCAGUACAUCCCUCAAGUCCAAGUCGAGCAAGAAGAGCAAGCGCCACACAAGAAUUAUCCCACCAAACAAAGAGGUGAGGCCGAAGCAUGGGAGGUCUACCAAGGGCAAAUUCAGCCGACCGGAGGAGCUUGAGGUACGAGAACCGAUGCCUGCUCUAAUUGCGAGCACAGUUGUUGUUCCUCAGAACAGCCCGGACAGGCGCGUCUCAAUGGCCACCAUGUCGUCGGGAAGCACGAAGCUGGGUGAGGUUCGCCCUAGGAAGCUACAUCGAAAGCAGUCAGACAACUCGGCCGUCUCAGACGUGUACAGCAUGCCGCCAACGUAUCCCCUGAGGCCGUACCAUCCCGAGACCAAACGAAAGAGGUUGUGGGGAUUGUUUGGAAGGGGGUGA